AAACAGCUGGCUGAGCAGAUUUCCACCUAUUUGGCUCUUAGUGUCUAUCUUGAUUUAUCACUCUGUUUCUUUUUAGGGAACAUUUCUGGAAAAUUCUGGAGACUUUGGCAGGACAUCUGCAGUAACUAAACUGGUGGGAUUUGUAUUUGCUGAACGUAGAGCUGCAAAGGAAAUUGAUGAUGUGACGAUGGUAGAUUGGCUAUCUGUUGAAGAUCAGUAUGUACACCAACUCUUUCUUUCUCCUAAUACGACUGAAAUGUUGAUUUAGAAUAUAAGAAGCACCAAUCAUCUCUUUCUCUCACACCCAGUUACAUUGAGGUACACGGUUUAUAUAUAUGCUUGCACGGUGGAUUUUAGCUUUGUUUUGCAUACUUUUAAAGAUAUAUUUAUGUAUAAUGUGUUUGUUUCAGCCCAUGUUUUAACUGGAUGUAAGAAAAAGUUUAAAAAGAGAUAUAUGAGCACAAGAGGGGAUGCAAAUGUAAACUGUUGCAUACAAUUAUAAAUAUGUUGCAGACAAUAAGGGCGUUAAAGGAUUGUAAGGAUUUCAAGGAAUCAUUAUACAGCACAAGGUUGUAUGACAAAAUGAAAGUCUGCAGUAACUUCAUGCGAUACACUAGAAAAUAAUACAAUUAAAUUAACAGAAUAACAGAAAAUAAACCAGUAUACACAGCUAUGUAUUUACAUAUAUACAUCAGAAUCAGGUUUAUUGCCUUGGUAAGUUGGCAAACAUAGAAAAAUACAAAUAAAGAGGACAUCGGAUACUGCUUCUGCGAGUUAGCAGUGUGACAUAUAAUGAUAUUUACACUGUGCAAAGAUACAAAAUCCGUCCAUGUAACGAAAAAUAUAUUCAGAGUGGGUGGUGGGAGUAAGAGUCAGAUCAGAACCAGACUCAGAUUUAUUGCCAGGUAGGUUUUUACACAUACAAGGAAUUUAUCUUGGUGCUUAAAAUACACAAAUCACACAAGAAUAAAGCACUUUUAAAACUAUAAAUAAACAAAGAUAAGAAAAGAUAAGAAGACCGCACAGAAGAGAGUCAAACACACACAUAUAUAAACCCCAGUUUUGUUCGAGUUACUCCAGCUGUUAUUAUUACACCUGUAGUCUACUGGAACGACGCUGAUUGGUCGAACGCGGACGAUGACGUAAGCGCGUCCGCAGCCUAGCAGCGGAGAAGACGGCGUAAACAAAGCUGGCCGCUACACCAGCAGCUAACGCUAAGUAGCCGACGCUUCGUCCGUGAAAAUACCUCACUGUAAAGUGCCGUAGCCGCAUUCGUGUGUACGUGAAGACUCGUUUUAGUGUACGGGCGUGCCCAGCUUUUAUUCGUGUGGUUACAGGCUCACGCAAACAAACUAAACGAGUGUGGCCAACACGUUUACCGUCAGCGCUAGCCACGUUAGCUUCAACCAACCUUUUAGGUAUCAUGACUGAGCUCGCCGUGCGGCUAAUGUAACGCUGAAGAGUGGGGUCAGCUGCUGCCUACAGGGUUAUACACGUACAGGUGUGACGGUGCCUGCUAGAUGACCACUUGAUUGCUGUCAUCCGGACUCGGACUGCGAUGUUUAGCCUGAUGGCGAAUUGCUGCAACUGGCUGAAACGCUGGCGAGAGCCUGCAAGGAAAGUGACCCUGGUUAUGGUGGGACUGGAUAAUGCGGGGAAGACAGCCACAGUACGAGGGAUCCAAGGAGAGAAUCCGCAGGAUGUGGCCCCCACAGUGGGUUUUUCCAAAGUUGACCUGAAGCAGGGCAAGUUUGAGGUGACCAUCUUUGACCUGGGUGGGGGGAAGAGAAUCCGCGGCAUCUGGAAGAACUACUACUCCGAGUCACACGGCGUGGUGUUUGUGGUGGACUCCAGCGACGUCCAGAGGAUUCAGGAGACGCGGGAGACCAUGGCAGAGGUCCUCCAGCACCCGCGCAUCGCGGGGAAACCUGUGCUAGUGCUUGCCAACAAACAAGACCAGGAGGGAGCGCUGGCUGAAGCAGACAUCAUUGAGAACCUGUCUUUGGAGAAGCUUGUCAACGAGAACAAGUGUCUCUGUCAGAUCGAGCCAUGCUCUGCCGUUCUGGGCUACGGCAAAAAGUUCGACAAGUCCAUCAAGAAGGGCCUCAAGUGGCUCCUGAACAACAUCGCCAAAGACUACGAGGCCAUUACUGAGCGCGUUCAAAAGGACACAGCAGAGCAGCGCGCUCAGGAGGAGCAGGACAAGAAGGAGCGGGCGGAGAGAGUCCGGCGGAUACGAGAGGAGAGAGAACGGCAGGAGCGGGAAGAGGCAGAGCGCGAGGGCAGGCAGAUCCAGGAAGAAGGGCUUGAUGAUGAUAGCAUGCCCAGCCCCUUCCAGCCAAUCAGCAACGUGAUCUCUGAGAACGAGGAUAAAGAAAAGGAGAGGAAGAGGCAAAGAGAGGAGGCCCGGACCAACAGCCCAAAGACGGACGUCGGUCGAGAGGAGGAGGAGUACGAGGAUGACAACGACGAAGAGCCAGACGACACGAGACAAACGCCGGAAAAUGGCAGAUCAGCCACAACAGGCGAGCAAGAAAAAAAGAAGACGAGGAAGCUGCAACUUAAGAGGAAGCACAGGGUGGACCCGCUGAGGACGGAGGACGGGCCGGCGGAGAGCCCCACCCCUCCACCUCCUCCAGUGGGAUGGGCCACACCCAAAGUUUCUAGGCUGCCAAAACUAGAGCCACUCGGAGACUCGAGACAUUCCGAAUUUUUCAAGAAGCCUCUCCCGCCUCUUGCCAACAGGCCGCGGCCUAACGGCGACGCUCAUGACAUCGUUUUUUAACUCCCCCUUUUACUGAUUGAGGUCCUCCAAUCACGGCUCUCCCCUUUUUUUGCUUUCUGUCUCAAGCGAGUGGUGUGUAGAGCACCAAACACAGACACUGCAGGGCGGCGGCGCGGGAGCCGGUGUACGCCAGAAGUGCAACGAGACACGAAACACAGGGGCAAGAUGUGAAGUUAGGUCCUGCUCAGACGCUGUUAAUAUGGUUUCACAAACUGACACAGUUCAGUGUGAAACCUUGAACCUGCCUGAACUGACUUUAAUGUCAGGUUCUGUCUCAACAAACGCACGUUUUGUGCUGAACACUUUCCACAACUGUAGACUGAAACUUUAUUUUUUAUUGUUAAUAUCAGUGUUAGACGGUCUGGACCCUGUUUGUCCAACUGAAAUGCUUUUAAUUGACAAAGACUGUAAAUAUGUCCGUUAUAACCUUUUUAUAUGUUCAUGUCUGUUACUGAAUCAUGGAUUUGUAUACACACCGCUAUUAAAUAAUGACCAUAUUUCAUUCAUCUAUUUUUGCACCUUUGGUAGUGUAAACAAAGGUGGAAAUUAUAGAGGAGGCCUCAAGUGUCUUUUCACAGCUGAGUGCUUUAAGUUUGACCAGCGCUGUGAAAGAAAGAUGAGUCACAGCUUGAGGAAAUGGGUGAAUUGUAGGUAUAAUUUUCUAUAGUACUGUACAUGGAAAAGUGUUACACUAUAUUUACAUUAUGAUUGUUAGUUGGUCAAUUUUCGUAAUGACUCCAUUUAAAGGUUUGUUACGGCCAUGAAAAGAAGAAAAAAAGAGUGAUCUGUAAAAUCUGUAAUGGGGAACAUAUUUUUGUUGUUGUUUCUGGCCAGCAGCAUCAUAAAGGAUCUUUUUUAUUUAUUGUUAAAAAUGUAAACAUAUGGAAAUAUAUUUGUCUUUAUUUGUCUACAGAGCUACAGAUUUUUUUUUUACUGCUGUUUACACUGUGUAUCUGUUUUUAAAGUGAUAUUUCUCUCGAGGCAGGAAUCAGCCUCAGACUUGCUGCCUCUCAGGAGCCAGCACUGUUGUUGUUCCAGCUCUCUCUCUCUCUCUCUCUCUCUCUCUCUCUCUCUCUCUCUCUCUCUCUCUCUCUCUCUCUCUCUCUCUCUCUCUCUCUCUCCCGUCUUCUGCACCCAUUAUUUCCACUUUGGAGGAAAAAAAAGGAAAAAAACUAACACUGAAAUAGCAUCUCAAUAAGCACAAAUCUGGAAACAAAAAAAAAACAACCCAACUUGGAACACUCCAUCGCCCCAGUUAAGUUUGAGCGUGUCGGCAGAGUUUGCAGCGGGACGAUGAGGGAGGAGGAAGUAUCAGUACAACCUGGAACAGCCGAUACUGGGUCAGAACACACAAGAGUAUGUGUAGCAAAAGUAAGCACACGAAAUAUCACUUUAAAACUACGAAAUGUCAAAAUAGUACAACACUCACUCUCUUUAUAAUGAGCUAGAUGUUUGAAGAGGAAAAAAAGAAAUAUUUUUUUCUACCCAGUUGGAAUUUUAUAACCGCACAAUUAAAGAUGUUUUAAAUAUA